AUGAAAAGACAGAGAAAUACUCUUGGUUGUAAUGACUGCGAUGCAUCAGAAACUCCUAGUACUAACAAAAUAAGACAAAAAGAGCGAAAUACUCCUGGUUGUGAUGACUGUGAUGAAUCAAAAACUGCUAGUACUAAGAAAAUGAAGCAGGAAGAUGACGAGUCUUCUGAAAAGUUAUCUUUCAUUAACAUUAAUUUUCUUAGGUUUUUUAAUGACCCAAUUCAUGGACAUAUUGAACUCCAUCCACUAUUAGUGUCUAUCAUUGAUACACGUCAAUUCCAGCGACUACGUCAUAUCAAAACAUUAGGUGGAGGUUAUUAUGUGUUUCCUGGAGCCUCCCACAACAGAUUUGAACAUAGCUUAGGUGUAAGUUAUUUAGCUGGGGAAUUUGUUGAAAGCUUACAACGUCGUCAAGAAGAGCUUGCCAUUACUAAUGAGGAAGUUUUAUGUAUAAAAAUAGCAGGUCUCUGUCAUGAUUUGGGUCAUGGUCCAUUCUCUCACUUGUUUGAUGGACAAUUCAUUCCUUUAAUCAAUGAAGGUUCAACUUGGAAGCAUGAACAAGCUUCUGUUGAUAUGUUGCAGUAUUUAAUAGAUGACAAUAAUUUAUGGCCACAGUUUGAGAAAAAUAAGUUAACAGAAACUGAUCUGACUUUUAUCAAGGAACUUAUUGAUAAUCCCUUAACAGAAGACUUUUCUUCAGAUAAUUGGCCUUGCCAGGGACGACCAAUUGAAAGAAGUUUUCUAUAUGAAAUUGUUGCUAAUAAAAGAAAUGGAGUAGAUGUUGAUAAAUGGGACUAUUUUGCUAGAGACUGUCAUUGUUUGGGAAUACCCAAUAACUUUGACUGGAGACGUUUUGUGAAAUUUGCUAGAGUUAUUAAAGUUGAUGGUAUUUACCAAAUAUGUUGUAGAGACAAAGUAGUAAUUGAUUUGUAUGAAAUGUUUCAUACUCGAAGCACUUUGCACAGAAAAGCUUACAAGCAUAAGACUGUCACUAUUGUUGAAAAAAUGAUUACUGAUGCUUUGGAAGCUGCUAAUGAACACUUUCUUAUAAAUGGAAAGGAUGGACAUCUUGUUAAAAUGUCAGGUGCAAUAGAGGAUAUGGUAGCUUAUACACAAUUAACUGACAGUAUAAUACAGCAAAUUAUGAUGUCAUCAGACCCACACCUUCAGAAGGCUCAGCAAUUGUUAAGACAAAUUGAAGAGAGGAACUUAUACAAAUAUAUUGGUGAAACACAACCCAUUACUGUAGAGAUGACACUUGAUGAGGGAGAUCUUUAUCAACUUUCUGCAAAAGAACUUGAAGAAUUAUUUACAGAAGAAGGUGUUUUUCCCCCUCGUGGCACUCCAUUUGUUUCGCCAGCAAAACCAGAAUCUGUUCCUCAAAAUCAGUCUAACAAUCUUGAACCAGUUAAUAAUAAAGUAAUUAAGGAGUUGACGUUUGAAAUCCAAGAGGUUGUAUCAUUUGAUUAUGGUAUGAAUGUUGACAAUCCCAUUGAUAAUAUGUACUUUUAUGCCAAACAAGAUCCCAAUAAACCAUUAAAAAUCAGAAAAGAACAAGUCUCACAAAUGUUACCUCAAACAUUUCAUGAGAAGAUAGGUAGACUGAGUCAGCACAAUGACCAAUUCUUGCGAGACAUUUAA